AUGGUCACAGCCCCAGCAGUUCCUGAGAUCUACGAGGAUGAGCUGCAGUCGUCGGUCGAAGCACGCUCAGAGUCUCUCCAGACGCUCCGCGAACUCGGUCCUCCAGAUCUUGUCCACCUCAUAAAACAGCCCAUCAAGUCGACCACGAAGCAAGUCGGUGUCUACCACCACGUCUCGGGCGUAGACGCUUCUUCUUCGGCCAGUUUAGCUGCCUACAUCAAUACGCUCACCUACUCGCCGCACGACAAGCAACACAAGGUCGUCUCCGGCCUAUACUGCAGCUGCUACAAUGCCUUCUCAAGGCUGGACAUGCGUGUCCAAGUCUUCAUCCCAGGCACAGUCGAGAGCUACUGCAUCGACGAGCGGGGAGACAAGCGCGUUGCGACCGACGACCUGUGGUUAGAGACGUAUCUGUGCAGCGUCUUGCGCGCAUACUCGUACGCAGACGAUGGCUCGGGCGACACCAUUAAGAAGAUUGUUGGUGUCCGGCGCUUCAAUCCCAUCACAAGCACCGAGAGCGAGCACAAGUUCUUGGACGCUGCCGAACGUCUGUUCUUCCAGGGCUGGCAACUGGGCUCUGAUCCCGAGAUUCAACUACAUCCACACUACUGGUCGCUACACUUCCGGUAUCAAUCUAUUCGAAAAACUACGAACCCGCGACCCCGAAAUCUCAUCGCUAUUGGCCCGUGUAUACAUUGA